CAACGUUACCUGCGGCAGAAAAGGCGCGAGUAUUCGAUUGUUCGCUCACGUAGCCGACGACCUUGCGUUAUCCGUACGCUCGCACGCUCAUUGGUCGUGUCCAUACGCCCGCUGGAAUCGCAGACGGUGAAAAAAACUGGGAGGAAAGAUAAGCGGGAAGGCGGGGGCGUUUCGUCUGAGCGCCUCGCGCGAAAAGCAACGCGGUCGCCUCUCUACCCCUGCUUCCUGUUUUCUUUUUAUAUCUUCCGAGCAUUGGUCGGUUCGGCCAGCGGUUAAAGAAGCUGCCGCGGUUGCGCGUGCCAUGUUUUGCCAAACGUGCUCUCUUCAGAGUCCGUCUGCUGCAACCGAGGCGUUGGAAGCUACACGAAGUUUUGGGGAGCCCUUCCCCCCUCUCCUGUUUCCGUUCUUUCUUUUGUUGUUUCCGUCGCUCACGCUACGUACGCUGGCGUCGGCACGAAAAGCAAGAGUUCGGAUGGAGGGAGGAAGCUCGUCGGUGCCUGAGGCACGUUCGUCCAAUGAGCCCGCCUUCCUCCGGCCGUCGCUUCUUCCCGUAGACUUUAUAAUUAGAGCCAGCAGCACCAACUCGCGCUACUCUGCGCACUUGAAGAAAGUAAACAAGAGCUUGCCGCCCUCCGGCCAAAGCUAUAUGUUGCCCUUCGCACCACCCUAGCUCGUGCCGAAGCGACGUGCACCGCUUCUCUGCCGUGCACCCUCUCUGCUCUCCUUUGCAUAGCGGGACAAAGUUCAGAGUUCUUCGCGUUGUUGUUAUUGCUGCUGCAAGCGGUGGCCCCUCCCUGCUGAAGAUCCUCCUCUCUGGUGCUUAAGACGGUAUGAAACAAAAAAAAAAGAAAAGACUAAGAAGUGCGUUAAAAAAAGCGAAUGCGGCGAUGCUGAGUUCAGAACUUUAGUCGGACACGAAUGUCGAGUUGGCACGCGCGCACUCGUGAAAGCUGUCUUCAAGACGCCUCUGUCCCGGUGAUCAGCGAAGAAACGAGGUCCUCUUCCAUGUUUGCCGACGGCGAACCUUCGGCUCCAGACGUGCCCAUGGUGUACCAGCGGCAUUAUCAGUCACCCGUUGCCCCCGUCGCCGCAACGACUGCCUACGAGCGCUGCUGCGUCUCAGCCGCCGUCUUGAUGCGCCGCCCGCCGUAUCCCGAAGUCGCCACGGCGGCCUUCUAUCCGCUGGACGACGGGCCGCUAUCCACGCUGGCCGAUCAUCAUCGUCGCCCCACCCCUUCGUACGCAGCAUACGACCGCAGUUACGUUGACGCCCCGCCUUCUUCGUUCCUGUACGGCGCUGCCGCUUACGACUGCGUGUACGGCGACUGUCCAGAUUGCGCGGAGGUUGGCUACUCGCCUGCGUCCGCCAGUAGCCGGUCACCCACCGACGUCAGUGACGCCAAGUCCGCCGCCUGCCCGUUGCAGACGUCGCCCGCCAUGUCGCGGCGCGCCAGCAGCGUAGCUCGCAAGCGGAGCCUCUCGCAGGCCGAGCUCGAGCGGCGCAGGUCCUUGGCGAACCACCAGGAACGACGUCGCAUGCACCGGCUCAACUCGGCUCUGGAUCGACUCCGUAGCACGAUACCGCCGCGCCUGCAGAACGGCGGUCGUCGCCUCUCCAAGAUCAAGACGCUCAAGAUGGCCAUCAACUACAUCCUCGAGCUGAAGACCGUGCUGGGACCGACGACCGUCGCUGGAGCUGGCGGCGCUUGUGCGCCGGUCUCCCCUUCCUGGGACUGAACGAUUCGCGCAUUUUAUUCGUGCAGCGUCACGUAUCGACGGUCGUGCAUGCGAGCCAACUAUGCGUGGAACGAGCGGUGAGAUUACGGCUUUUUGGAGAUUGUGAUAUAGUAUGGUUACAAUGGAGAGUUGCGAAUGUCGCGCGUAUGUGAAUUCAGCUGAGCUGCGAUGCUUGCUUCUCCGAUAUAGUAACAGGGUCAUUUGAAGAACGCGAUCUUCCGAGCGAUUCAUCUCAUAGCGACCACCAUGCAUACAUUACUUUCUUUUUCUCUCUCAUGAUGCUGCCAUCAGCGUUCCUGAAUGCCGUUGUGAUAUUAGGUUAUCAGCGAAUGGGCCUUAUGAAUGGUGUAGUCGGUCCAUGCGAGCCUCGCAUAGUGGUAAUCAUGAAAAACUAGUGGCCGUGUGAUAUCAUCCACGUAGGUGUUAGGUUACCGCCCUCUUGAAACUGGCGACAUCGAUCCAUGUAAUGCAACGUAGCAUUGCAGUGCGACAGAAUCGCUACAACAGUGACGGAAAGCAGUGCGCGAGCCGGAUCGAUAGAUUGCUCCUGUUGCCAACGCGUGCUGUCCUUAUCGAAGGCGUCAGAAAAGGCGUGGUCAGGACAGUUUAAUAUAGUUGAUCGGCAUUCUUUAUUACUUUUUGCUGCUUGCCGUGUGAGCGUUUACGUAGACGGUACAGCCGGUAUAAUUCAGGCUAGUUUAUGUACGACUCAUUGAGAGGUGAUCAUAUCGAAAACGUGCGCGUUGAGUACUAUUUCGCGAUCUUAGCCGAACUGUGCAAUGAAUUAUGACACUGAGAUGCUUUCCCCGUAAUCACCCAUAGCUCACAAGCGCUCGGUUACGUGGGCGUCCGGAGGGGGGUUCAAGGUAAUUCCUUUCUGGAAUUUCGGAUAAUAUUUGUCUAUGCAGUAGCAGUAAGCUACACAUCUCAAUUAGCGCACUCAGGUCCCGCAUAUCUGUGUGAAACAGCCUUCAGGAUUGCCAGCCAAAUUUGCACGUUACAGACUAAUCACUAAUCUUGCCCUGCGGAUGCACCCCACGGCAAAAAGUUCUGCGGACGCCCUUGCUCGGUUAGCUUGCGACAGAUUAAUUGGAUCCUUACUCGUGAGCAGCCAACAUUUGCGAACUGACAUAUAGCAGAACUAAACUAACUUGUUCUCCACUUUGAUAUGCAAGUAUUUUUUUUUCUGAAUCAAGCUUACUCAGUUUUGUCGCUAAAGUUCUCUUCAUAGGGAAGAAUGCGCAGUAUUGCUUCCGCUGGCAUAUCUUGUUAUCCGCUUUCUGGCUGUGACAUUAUCUUGUAAGCGCGAAGCCCCCUUUGCAAAUAGUGGUGUGCGCCAAAUUAAGAAACCGAAUCGUAUAUUCGAGAGCUUGAUGUGCGGUUUAUUCGUAUUUUGCUUUUGUCCGGUAUCGGUAAAAGAAUUUUCAAGGCGCCCUUGUGCACGUACUUCUUGAUCCAGUUUACUCUCAUCAAAGGUGAACAUUAUUUUCUCGAGAUAUCAAAAUUAAUAUUUCCCUAUUUUAUGUUCCUAGUUACCUUUCUGAACAUUUCAUUUUAGCAAGAAAUUUCGAGAGGUCCCGGCCGUGGCGGUCGCAUUUCGAUGGAGGCGAAGUGCUAGAGGCCCGUGUAUCUAGUUUUAGAACACCAGAUGGACAAAAUUUCCGGAGCCCUCCGCUACGGCGUCCCCCAUAAUCAUGUGGUGGUUUUAGGACGUCAAACCUUUACAAUUAUUAUUGCAGGUACUUUCGAGAGUAAUGUCACUUUAAAGCCAAUUCAGAGAAUGACAUGAUCACUUUCCAGAUGUGCAAAAUCACCAAUUCUUAAAAAAGACGUUUCAUUCAAAAAAAGUAAAGCGGAAUAACUGCAUUUUUACCGCAAGCAUGACAGCGUUUGUCACAAAACUUGUUUAAGUUUAGAAAUUCACUUCGGAUGCGCCUUGAUUGCUAGGUGGUUAGUCAAGAAAUUGAGUCGUAAAGCUUUUUUUUUUUUCAUUGAGUUAUGCAUUUCAAUCUCCAGUGUCCACCUCUUAGAGUAAUCCAGCUCAUUGAGUAGAUUCGUUAUUUAUGCCACGGGCGAUAUUUAAAAGUUCUGUCAACGUUAAAAAAUAAAGAACAACCGUUGUGUAUUGCGAUUAUGCACAUAAAAUUUCUCGUUAUACUGAGGACGGUCGGGAAGUAUGGGAAAUCACAUUUUGUUUGUACCCCCAAAGCUUAUAUUGUUAACGGUCUUAAUUCCAUAGUGCACUUCGGCAUUCGAUCCGACAGUCGAAAUCUUUGAGUUUUGUUACAGGCGUGUACGAAUAGAAAUUUUCACUAUUUCAACCAUGAUUUCAAACAAGGGAGAAAGGAAGUUUUACUAGACGAUGCCUGCAACUUCCAUUGAAGUCCUUGCUAUAUUUCUGCUGAUGUUGUGGCCUAACAGAGGCUUUGCAUUAUUUCUUAAGUCUUCAUAAAGCUCUGCAAUUAUCACAUAUGUAUUGAUUUUUAGCGCAUUAAGUGAAAAAUGCGCGCCCUCUCUGUUGUGUCCAUGUCGAACAAAAAGAAAAAGAGCAGUAUGCUUAUUUUUAACCUCGGAAAAAGGUGCAUUGUUGCACAUCACGUAGAACUAUUGACCCUGUGAAUGCAUCGCUUUUUGUCCAGAGUUCGCAAUCGUGUUAAACGCGCUUUGUAGU